AUGUUCACUUUUCCCUUUCAACAUCUAUCUAUCUAUCUAUCUAUCUAUCUAUCUAUCUAUGUAGAACAUAUAUACCAGGAAUUUUCAACACAACCUGCCUAUUCUUUCUUUCUUUCUUUCUUUCUUUCUUUCUUUCUUUGUGCGUUCUUUGGAUUUUGUCUCUUUCUUUCCCUGUUUUUGUUCUUUCUUUUUCUUUUUUUCUUCGAUUUAAUUUUCUUUUUUUACUUCUUUCGCUGUUUGGUUUUCGUUCUCUCCCUCUUUUCCUUUUUUCAUGUAUUUUACAUUAUUUCUUUUGAUUGGUUUCCUUUCUUUCUUUCUUUCUUUCUUUCUUUCUUUCUUUCUUUCUUAAUGAUCCAGACCCACUUUUUUUCUUUCUUUCUUUCUUUCUUUCUUUCUUUCUUUCUUUCUUUCUUUCUUUGCUUUUUCUUUCUUUCGUUGCGCGUUUUUUCUUUCUUUCUUUCUUUCUUUCUUUCUUUCUUUCUUCUAUGUUCGAUAUUUCUUUCUUUUUUAUCCUUAGGUGCGUUCUUUCUUUCUUUCUUUCUUUCUUUCUUUCUUUCUUUCUUUCUUUCUUUUGUUGCUGGUUGUUUGUUUCUUUCUUUGCCAGUUUUUGUUCUUUCUUUCUUUUUUCUUUCUUUUUUACGAUUUAAUUUCCUUUUUACAUAUUUUUUCUUCGCACAUUCUUCUUUCUCCCUUUCUUUUCUUUCUUUCUUUUUCAUGCAUUUUACAUUCAUCUCUUUAUUUGAUGACUUUUCUUUCUUUCUUUCUUUCUUUCUUUCUUUCUUUCUUUCUUUCUUUCUUUCUUUCUCCUUGAUUUUUCUUGCUUUCUUUUUCCUCUGCCUCUCUCCCUUUUCUUCUCUCCCUCUUCUUCUCUCUCUCCCUCCCUCGCAACAGAUCUACCCAAUUUACCUGACUCUUUUUCUUUCUUUCUUUCUUUCUUUCUUUCUCACUGACUCUUUCUUCUCGCUGACUAUUUCUUUUCACCUUUUUUCUUUCUUUCUCAUCGACUCCUUCUUUUUUCUUUCUUUCUUUUUUCACGGACUCUUUUUUCUCACUUUCUUUCUUUCUUUCUUUCUUUCUUUCUUUCUCUUUCUAUCUUUUCUCACUGACACUUUCUUUCUUUCUUUCUUUUGUCACUGGCUUUUUUCUUUCAUUCUCGUUGACUCUUUAAUUUUCCUUUUUUCUUUCUUUUCACUUACUAAGUCUUUCUUCCGUUUCUCACUGACUUUCUUCCAUUUAUUCUUUCUUUCUUUACUUCUGUGUUUUUCCUCUUUUCCUUCAUUUUCUUUAAAAUUAAUCUUUUUACCUGCAUAUUAUUUCUUUUGUUGUCCUUUCUUCUUUCCAUUUUUUUUAAAAAUAAAAUUCUUUUUCUUUCACGGUUUAAUUUUUUCCCUUUUCUUUUUGUUCUUUGAAUUUUUUUCUUCCAUAUUUUUUUCGAAUUUUCUUUUUAUUCCCUUUCUUUCCCUUCAGGUUCACCUAUUUAUUUCCUUUUCUUUGUCCUUGAAGUUUUCAUUUUUUUUUUAUUCCCGUUCAUGA